AUGGGUAACAAGAUAACAAAACACAUAUACGGAUUUGAAUCCCAAGAGAAUGAAAAUCAUGAAGGAAGUAGUAUAUCAAGUGCUUCUGGAGAAAAUUAUCAUUCAGAACAUGUAAGUACUUGUUGUAGUUUUGUUUAGUGUUAGUAAGCCGUUUGUCUUGCUAGUGCGAACUAUUAAUGAUUUAAUUUGUCCUUUUAUUCCAUUGACAGCUUGUACAAAUUCGUGGGCGAAAUUUGCCACUACUCUGGGAACAGGACCCAAAUAACCCUGAACCUGUCAUUCAUCCGCCAACGGCACCAGUCUGCCAUGACAAUGUUCGUGAGAUAAAUCAUCAAAGAAAUGAAAGUAGUGCAUCAAGUGAAACUGAUUUUGAUAGUGAUGAGAAUGAUUCUGACGAAAAUCAUCUACAAGCUGUAAGGACUUAAUUGUUAUAGUGCUCUUUCGUUUGCAGUUUGAUAGUUACAUUGUUUGUUUUGCUUGAAGUAUUCUCCUCCAUUUGCAGCUUGUACAAAUUGAGAGCCCUAAAAACCCUGAACCUAUCACUCAACCAGGGCUCGAAGUAGAGAAAAAAUAUGGCCUGUCAGUCUAAAAUUUUUGGCAGGUGAAAUAUAUUUUAGCCUGCCAUUUUUAUUCAUUGAACUGCCAAAAUGGCAAUGUCUCAUAUGAGUCAUAUUGUAAGAGUCAAUAUUUUCAUGACAUGCAUUUUUAUUAUUUUUAAACUUGUCUAUUUUACUACAGUAAACUUGGAUUUACAUUUCAAAUAUAAACAUAUUUAGCCAACUAAAUGAUCUAGUAUAUAUGAGUUGUGGUAACCAAAUGAAAUGAAAUAUAUCUAUAGAAUUUCACCUGCCACUUUUUUUUAACUUGGCAGUUCAAAUUUGUUUUUGCCUGCCAUUUCUAAAAUAUGACCUGCUUUUGGCCAUUGGCAGCCCGCUAUUUCGAUCCCUGCACUCAACCCCCAAAUGUACCUGUUUCUAAUGUAAAUGGUGGUCGAUUUCAGGAAGAUGCUCAAAUGGUGAAUCAACAGUCAGUACAGGAUGAUAAAAAUCAUGUUGCCAUGGUUUAUAGCCCUGUUUAUAGCCCUGCGAUACAUGAUCAGCUACCAUUGCAAGAGAGUGAAGCACAGCCACAAGUGGUUGGAAAUGUUGAUUUGGAAAUGGAAGUAGGUGGAGUGAUUGUCCUUCAUGAUGAAAAUGUACAAGACGAGGUAUUGGUGACGACAAUUGAAACGAAACCAGCGAUUGUGGAGGAACUUUAAACUUCUCCAGCUUUUAGGUACUUAUGUUUAAAUUGUAUUGCUAUAAUUUUGACAAAUUAAGUCCUGGUCAAACGAGGUAUUGAAACUUAAAUAGAAUACAUGAUAGUGUUACGAAAGCAUUGAGAACAGCUUACCAAGAUUGCGUGGUUGCCAACUCUCGGCUUUGGUUCAGGGGAGACUGUUUUGUACGCAAACGAUAAUUUUAGAAUUAAAAAAAUGAGCUGUAAUCAUCUUUAUUUUAAGAUUAUAAUAUUUUGG